CUCCCCCCCCCCCGGCUGGGGGUGGAAGCCGGUUGUGCCUUCUGUGGUCGCGCUGCGAAGAGCUUGGUGGUGCGGUGCGGCCUUCAUAGCCUUGGGGCGCCUCGGCCCAUAACGCUCCGUGCGGUUGGCUGGGGUCGCGCAGUCCGCAGCUCUGCAGGCAAAAGCACUUUGAGUGUUCUGAAGCUUGACUUGCGGUCCUGGAGGGAGCGGAGAGACCUGUCUGUACCUGGUCCUUGAACUGCUCAUUUCUAGGACCCAGCUUCCUCCCAGCUCUUAAUAGCUCAAAGCAGAGACCUCCACAUUACUGGUCUUUAAGGACUCAGUCCCUCAGGCGCAGGUAGCACUGGGUGGAGGCGCCCUUCAGCAGAGUGAAGAUGGCGUCGGUGGACUUCAAGACCUACGUGGAUCAGGCCUGCAGGGCCGCUGAGGAGUUUGUCAAUGUCUACUACACCACCAUGGACAAGCGGCGGCGCCUGCUUCCCCGCCUUUACAUGGGCACUGCCACACUCGUGUGGAACGGGAACGCCAUUUCGGGACAAGAGUCCUUGAGUGAGUUUUUUGAAAUGUUGCCUUCCAGUGAGUUCCAAGUCAACGUGGCAGACUGUCAGCCUGUUCAUGAUGAAGCCACCCCAGGCCAGACCACAGUCCUCGUUGUGAUCUGUGGAACAGUGAAGUUUGAAGGCAGCAAACAACGGAACUUUAACCAGAGCUUUAUCCUGACCGCUCAGGCCUCGCCCAGCAACACAGUGUGGAAGAUAGCUAGCGACUGCUUCCGGUUCCAAGACUGGGCCAGCUAGUGUGGGCAGGAAGGGCUCUGCUUCAGCCAUGGCUCUGGGGCAACACAAGUCCAUAGCAUGGGGACACCAGUUCCCUUCUGUUGUCGCAGGCUGCACCAUCAGCCUUACCUCUGCAUUUGCUCUGGUUCAAGGAGCCCCUUUCUGACUGAGCACAUACUUGUUUGUCAUAGUUGCCUUUUCAGAGUAGUAAACUAUUCUAUUUUUCUACUUGCCCAGUAGAGACGUUGGGUCUGGAAUAUCUGGCAAAUAAAAUAGUAAUACAAAUA